CGAUUAAGGUUAAAGUUUGUGUUUUUUACGAAUUUCCUAAAUAUGUCAGUGAUAAACUUAACUUGAAUGUUCUUUAACAAGAAUAUGAGAGGCGAUAUGACUAUAUUCAUAGAUUAGGUUAGGCUCAAAAGGAGAACUUUGAUUGUUAGCGGGAGACUGUGCAAUGGAUUUUGAAAGCAGAGUGUAUUAUUUGUUGUUCUAGGGUUUUUUGGAUAAUUACAAUUUACAUGUUACUAUUUGUCUUUUUUGCAUACAUUAAUUGAAUUGAUUAUUUGUCUUUUCUUUUCAAAUGAUUGUCCUUUUAUGUGUUAGGGUUUGUAAUCAAGGAGCUUCUUCUAGCUGAAGAGUUAAAUAGAAAACAAUUCUUGUUAACCCACUAGAGUUUAGUUUAAGUGGAAAGAGUUAGGGUUCGAUUCCCACUAAAAACGACCUAAAUUGAAGUGGAGGGUCUUGCAAAAACGUCUUCAACUGUAAAGAUAAUAUAUCCCAUCUUCCAUUUGAAGCUUAUUGUCAUGAUUUUCAUUUAUUUUUCUCAAUAUGAUGUGUAUCUUCUUCUUGAAUGAUAUCUGCAACUAUCAUAUAUGCAACUAUUCUUGCUUAUGUUUUUUAUUCCCAAAAUUCCUUCUUCUGGCAUGAUAAAUGCAUUAUACUUACGGCUAGAUUAUGUGAUAAACUGAUUUAACAUGGAAGAUCUUCAUUAUACUUUAUUUAAACCACUUUACUAAUCGUUUCUCAACUCAUCUACUAAUCGUUUCUUGUUGUUUGCUGCCUCGGAAAUAUCAAUGGCGUUUCAUUUGUAUAUAUGCAGUACUUGGGGGGUUGGCUUUUAUGUUCUCAGCAAGUAUUUUGCUUCAGAUACUGGCAUGCGUUUUGUAUAGCAAUUGGUGGCCUAUGCUGUCGGCUCUUAUGUAUGUUUUAGUCCCAAUGCCUUGUUUGUUUUUUGGAGGUGGUUCCACUCAAUUUCUUAUUAGUCGGGAUGGUGGAGGGUGGGUAGAUGGUGCGAAGUUCUUAACAGGAGCUUCAUCAGUUGGUAGCAUAGCGAUACCUAUCAUCCUUAGGCAUGCUGAUAUGAUCGAGACAGGUGCCAUGUUGAUCGAGUUCGUCUCGUUCUUGAUAUUUGGUCUUACAGUUUUGUGCUUCAACAGAGUUAGCCUUGAAGAUGAGUGGUAAUAUCAUGUGCAAAAGCUUUAAGGGAUAUUGUUAUUGGUGUGUUUGCUUUUAACAUAACUAUAAAUAGUAUUAUGUGUAAAUAAAUACUAUCUAAAUAGGGCAAUUUUAUGUCAUUCUAUUUGGAUGUACUAUAUUUUUAGGGAUUUUAACUGCUAUCAUAUAUUUCCAUUAACAAAGAACUAUAAUGUUUAGCAGUUUGGUGUUUAUGUUCA